CUCAAGCAUAUCACUCACGCUCAAUGAACUCUCACGACAUCUCUCUCUUUCCGCCCCAGCGCGUUCCAACUGAAAUCUGGACCGAGAUAUUCGACUUAUGCGCACCCAUCGAGGACCUUUCAGACGAAACCACAGCUGAGCAGGAGAAGGAGCGGCUCUCAAAGAACUAUUUGAUACAAUUUUCCCAGGUAUGCUCGCUGUGGCAUACUCUCACCUUGAAUACACCGUCCUUAUGGAGGGUGCUGAUCGUGGACACCACCCUGUGGCCUGGGACCGGGCGCUGAGCGGCGGCCCUUACUGCCCUCGUCCGGAAAAGCGGUAACCACCCGAUCCGCGUUGAAAUCGCUGUGUCGAACACCCUGGUGGACGUUGAUGUGAUGAACCUGCUGACAGCUCAUUCCCGGCGCUGGACGCAUUUCACACUGUGGACUGACGUCUACAGCGAUUACGAUCCCUUCCGAUUACUUCUCCCUGUCAAGGGCAAUAUUCCGCUGCUGCGGUUUUUGGAGAUCGCAACCCAGUGGGAGGAGCAAGAUUGGGACGCGGAGUACCGCAGCCUGUUUGCCGCAGCCCCUAGUCUCACCCGGUUCUAUGCAACGGCUCCCUGCGACCGUAUUACAGAUGUUCCAUGGCCGCAGCUCAAACUCUUCAAAUGGACAUUGGACUAUAAAAAGCUGACCAGUGACGCACUUGCCUUCCUGACACGGCUGCCCAUUCCGUUCGUGUGUUUGAUGGUUGACGUCCCGGAUAUCAUCCAUGUCGGGGAAAUUCCUCGGCUCGGGCAUCACGUCUUAUCCGAUGUGCUGCAGGGCCUGACAUUGGUGAUAUCCGGCGGUGUCAGCUGCAUGGAACGCGUGCUCCAUGCUCUCACAUCCCCCGGUCUCCGUUCUCUUGCUGUCAAAGGCCGUUUCGAAGACCCUGCGUAUGCGAUAUGGUGGGAUCGUGAUGCGCUCCUG